AUGAACUUCAACAUCUGGAACAUCAAGGAGAUGCUGAGCACACCGACAGCCCUCGGGCCCAAUAAGUUUUCCAUGAGGAGCAGCACUGCCAGUGACUACUCGAGCCUGAGUGAUUCUCAGCUGCUCUUUGGCUCCCAGUUCUGCCCGGAGAACGCGCAGUCGGCAGCGGCACCGCUGGAGCUGGGCACGCAGCUGGGACAGCAGAACUCCCAGGAUAGUGAGCCCAGUAUUUUUACCAAAUACCAGACAAAACCACAGUUAUUUGAUGAAGAAACAAGAGAAAAAGGCUCUCUUAAUUUUGGUGCAGGAAGAGCAAAAAGUGUCUUGGAAAAUUUUGAAGUGAAUAAGAACAAAAUAAAGGACAAAUAUGACCGUGAAGUCCUAAGCACCUUUAUUUCCAGCAUCAAAGACAAGCUUCAAGAGCUGCCAGUGUGCUUCGAGAAGUUUGAAGAAAUGCUUGAUUCCAAACUCAAAUCCAGUUUGGUUGGCCUAGAAACCCUUUUCAAGACAUUGGAAGAUGCUCUUCAAAGUCACUGCAGCUUGGUGCUGAAAGCUUUGACAGAAAAAAGCCAAAUGGAGCAGGCACUGCUGGAGAUGGAGAGGAGACUUGCAGCCAAAGAUGCUGAGAUUUUGGAUAUGAAAUCCAGUAUGCAGCUGCUGAAGGAGGGUCUGGAGUCCCUGCCAGCCCAGCUGAAUGACCAGUUCCUGAAGUCGUGUAAAGAACUUGGCUUCCUGACGCCGUGUAAUGCCUCAGCUGGGCAGCACACGCUUUUGUCUGGUGCCAGCCUGCCCCCCCACACGGCAGAUAAAUCUUUCCAGACCUCCCCUGGGCUGUGCCAGUACUGUGUCCUGAGUGAGGAGCACCUGCACAAGCCAUGCUGCCCAGGCAGGGGAGUUUGCAGCUGUUCAGGCUGGUCUUAUUUCCCCUGUGUGACAGUGGGACAGCAAAACAGAGCCUCCCCUGGAGGGAACCAGCUCACUGGAGAUGGCACAUCUAAGGGUGACCUAAACCCAGCCUCAGAAGACAAAGCCAGCCCCAUUGCUACAGCAGCCUGUGACAGAGCAAACACCUUCUUGCAGGAGGUGAAAUGCAGCUUGGAGACACAGAGCUGUGCUGCCCAUCCUUGCAUGUGCUGGGCUGGCAGACACUUUUUGGGGAGUAGUCAGAGGAAACAGUGUCCUGUACCACUGGAAGGGCCUCUACCAACCCCCCUGAGGAAGGCGUUCAGGAGAGGCACUCGAGGGUUUAAACCCCUGACAAUAUCACAGCAGCAGCAGCCUCAAGUUUGCCACCAUUCUACACAGAAAGCUACACCUGGGCAAAGAUACAGCAACUGGCCCACAAACCAUGAGGUGGAGAAGGCAGCUGUAGGGAACAAAACAAAACUGAGUCCAGGAAGGAUGUCCUGGAAAAGAGCAAUAAGGAGAAAGACAACACACUCCACUAAGGGGAAAGGUGAACGCUCUGGAUGUGCUGACAGUGGGCUGAAGCAGAGGAAGGCAACUGGGAUUAUUGACUUGGAAAGCUCCAGAAAAAAUACCCUUCACAGCUACUUGGUUGAUCUCAAUUCAGAAAAUUCUGACCUGGUUUUUGCAGCUCCCCAUCAGCAGAUCCUCAGCAGUGCUCAGAUGGGGCUUACAAAGAAUUUCACACCAGUGCCACACUCUGAUAAAAGCCUGCAACAACCUGAAAGCAGAAGAAAGAGAAGUCUUGAAAUUAAAAAAACAAUGAAUGUUUCCAGUGUAAAAAGGUAUCUCCUGGAUUCCUCUCCCGAGGAGAAUGUACUCUCCCUGUCUAGCACAACAGAUACCAGCUGCCUGCCCUGCCUGCCUUCUGGGGCCCAGUGUGCCCAAAUUGGCCAGAUUCCCAGACCCUGUGCUCAGCUGGCUGCCACGGCCUCCAGACCCCACAGAGGAGGGGAUCAGGGACCAGAAAUGCCUCAUGUGCUAGUGGUGAACACAGUGCCCUGGAAAUGGAGAGGUGGCAGGGAGCAGGAGUGGGACACUGUGCGCUACUGCCGGCACACAGGUGCUGUCAUGGGGACCUGA